UUAGUCAGCUGACAAAAGUCGUUUCCUUCCCACCUAAGCGUCGAUUUGCUCAGUCAUUGUUGUGUUCCUGAUUUGUAACUUUACGGACUCUACAAUGAGGAGUGUUUACUUGUUUCUUUUCUCGGCGUUAGCCCUGACGAACGACGCCAUUGUAAGGAUUUCAUUAAAAAAGUUCCGCUCCAUCAGGCGUGAGUUGACAGACUCGGGUAAAAGUGCAGAGGAGCUCCAGGUCAACAGGCACUCGCUUAAGUACAACUUUGGCUUCCCCUCCAGCAAUGCACCCACUCCAGAGACCCUAAAGAACUACCUUGAUGCUCAGUAUUAUGGUGACAUCAGCCUGGGUACCCCCCCUCAGCCCUUCACUGUGGUUUUUGACACUGGUUCCUCCAACCUGUGGGUUCCUUCUGUCCACUGUUCCUUGCUUGACAUUGCCUGCUUGCUGCACCACAAAUAUAAUUCUGCCAAGUCCAGCACGUAUGUGAAGAAUGGCACUUCCUUUGCUAUCCAGUACGGAAGUGGCAGUUUGUCGGGCUACCUCAGUCAGGACACGUGCGCCAUUGGAGACAUAUCUGUGCAGAACCAACUCUUUGGGGAAGCAAUCAAGCAACCUGGGGUGGCAUUUAUUGCUGCCAAGUUUGAUGGGAUCCUCGGUAUGGCUUACCCACGCAUCUCUGUUGAUGGCGUGGCGCCCGUCUUUGACAACAUCAUGCGCCAGAAAAAGGUUGAGAAGAAUGAGUUCUCUUUCUAUCUGAACAGGAACCCAGACACUCAGCCUGGCGGCGAGCUGCUGCUCGGUGGAACGGACCCCAAGUACUACAGUGGCGAAUUUAGCUACGUCAACGUAACCCGGCAGGCCUACUGGCAGAUCCACAUGGACGCGUUGCAGGUGGGCAGCCAGUUGACUUUGUGUAAAGGCGGCUGUGAAGCCAUCGUGGACAGUGGCACGUCUCUGAUCACCGGCCCGGCUGCAGAGGUCAAGGCUCUGCAGAAGGCCAUCGGGGCCAUUCCGCUCAUCCAGGGAGAGUACAUGGUGAACUGUGAUAAGAUCCCUUCUCUGCCUGUGAUCACCUUCAAUGUGGGCGGCCAGUCCUACAAACUCACUGGAGACCAGUAUGUCCUGAAGGAGAGCCAAGCUGGAAAGACCAUUUGUCUGAGUGGUUUCAUGGGUCUGGACAUUCCUCCCCCAGCAGGGCCCCUGUGGAUUCUGGGAGACGUUUUCAUCGGCCAGUAUUACACCGUCUUUGAUCGAGAGAACAACAGGGUGGGCUUUGCCAAGUCCGUAUGAGAUGAAUGUAUGAAUUACAGUACAUGUUGCAGUGUGAAACUAAAUCUGUACAUUGGGCAUUUGCUGUUGCUUUGCAAUCAAACUAUUUAGCAAUAGAGUAUGCACUCCAUUGAAGAGGUUGGAGAUUUCUUACUGAGUGAGAAACUAAUGAGAGUUUAUGUUGUGUAAGCUUAGCAGGCAAAUUGUUCUUUUUUUUCUCCCUCUUUUGUGAUCUUGUUUUCCUUUAAAUCAGGGACUUGGAUUUUAAUUAGCAUUUUAGGGUAAAUUGACCCUCUACUACUGACUGGGAUGUGUUUUAAUGUAAUUGGCCUAAAUAAAUACUAUUCAAAUAA